GGCGGAUGAGGAGGAUGAGAUCAUAGCUUCAGGAUCCUCAGGAAACCCUGGUACAGGCAGCAGCCAGCCUCCUCCGUGCCCACAUGACCCACAACUCUGGCAGCGGACCCGGCACUUCCAACAUCACUAAAUAAUCAGAGACCGGCUCCCACUCGGGGCCCACACCUCCCUGCGGACGAUGGACACCUUCUAAGAGUUUGGCGAGUGGGUAACCCAGGCGCCCGUCCACCGGCAAGAGAACUAGGAUUUGAAAGCCCCUGGAAGCACUUGGGAAGUCUGCAAAUGCCACAACCAACUGCUAUUCCAAAGAAAACAAAAUAGAUGGUUCUGCAAAGCUCAUGCUGUUUCUUCAUUGCGUUUUAGAUGGAUGAGAAGUACAACUUUUCGUGGUCAAGUUUAAAAGCUGAAAUGAUUGAAGAUAGUGGAAAAAGAGGAAAUACCAUGGCAGAAAGAAGACAGCUGUUUGCAGAGAUGAGGGCUCAAGAUCUGGAUCGCAUCCGACUCUCCACCUACAGAACAGCAUGCAAGCUGAGAUUUGUGCAGAAGAAAUGCAAUUUGCACCUGGUGGACAUUUGGAACGUCAUCGAGGCGCUGCGGGAGAACGCUUUGAACAACCUGGAUCCAAACACAGAGCUCAACGUGGCCCGCCUGGAGGCUGUGCUCUCCACCAUUUUUUACCAGCUCAACAAACGGAUGCCAACCACUCACCAGAUCCACGUGGAGCAGUCCAUCAGCCUCCUGCUGAACUUCCUGCUUGCCGCCUUUGACCCGGAAGGCCAUGGUAAAAUCUCAGUGUUUGCUGUCAAAAUGGCUUUGGCUACGUUGUGUGGAGGGAAGAUCAUGGACAAGUUAAGAUAUAUCUUCUCAAUGAUCUCUGACUCCAGUGGGGUGAUGGUUUAUGGGAGGUAUGACCAGUUCCUUCGGGAAGUUCUCAAACUACCCACGGCGGUUUUUGAAGGUCCUUCAUUUGGUUACACAGAACAGUCGGCCAGAUCCUGUUUCUCCCAACAGAAAAAGGUCACAUUAAAUGGCUUCUUGGACACGCUCAUGUCAGACCCUCCCCCACAGUGUCUGGUGUGGCUGCCUCUUCUGCAUCGACUGGCGAAUGUAGAAAAUGUCUUCCAUCCGGUUGAGUGUUCCUACUGCCACAGCGAGAGCAUGAUGGGAUUUCGCUACCGAUGCCAACAGUGUCACAACUACCAGCUCUGCCAGGACUGCUUCUGGAGGGGGCAUGCAGGAGGCUCUCAUAGUAACCAGCACCAAAUGAAAGAGUAUACAUCGUGGAAAUCGCCUGCUAAGAAGCUGACGAACGCAUUAAGCAAGUCCCUGAGCUGCGCUUCAAGCCGUGAACCUUUGCACCCCAUGUUCCCAGAUCAGCCUGAGAAGCCACUCAACCUGGCUCAUAUCGUGCCUCCGAGACCUGUAACCAGCAUGAAUGACACACUCUUCUCCCACUCUGUUCCCUCCUCAGGAAGUCCUUUCAUCACUAGGAGCAUGCUUGAGAGUUCAAACAGGCUUGAUGAAGAGCACAGGCUGAUCGCCAGGUACGCCGCACGACUGGCAGCAGAAUCCUCCUCACCCCAGCCAGCGCAGCAGAGGAGCGCCCCAGACAUCUCCUUCACCAUUGAUGCGAAUAAGCAGCAACGGCAGCUGAUUGCAGAGCUCGAAAACAAGAACAGAGAAAUCUUACAAGAGAUCCAGAGACUUCGGGUAGAACAUGAGCAAGCUUCGCAGCCCACACCCGAGAAGGCUCAGCAGAACCCCACCUUGCUGGCAGAACUCCGUCUCCUCAGACAGCGCAAGGACGAGCUAGAACAGAGGAUGUCUGCUCUUCAGGAGAGCAGGAGAGAGCUGAUGGUCCAGUUGGAAGGUCUCAUGAAGUUACUGAAGACCCAGGGGGCAGGCUCCCCUCGCUCCUCUCCCAGCCACACCAUCAGCAGGCCGGUCCCCAUGCCCAUCCGGUCAGCUUCUGCCUGCUCCACACCAACGCACGCCCCGCAGGACUCCCUCACUGGGGUAGGCGGAGAUGUGCAGGAGGCAUUUGCACAAAGUUCAAGAAGGAAUUUAAGGAAUGACUUGCUGGUAGCCGCUGAUUCCAUCACUAACACCAUGUCCUCUCUGGUGAAAGAGCUGAACUCAGAGGUAACGAGUGAAACAGAGAGUACUGUGGAUUCGGAAUUUGCGAGGACUCAGUUUGAGGAUCUGGUUCCAUCACCGACCUCCGAGAAGGCUUUUCUAGCCCAAAUCCACGCCCGAAAACCCGGGUACAUUCACGGUGGAGCUUCAAGUACCAUGCACGGUGACAUGGUCCCAGAAGACGGGGAUCCUUAUGUACAACCGGAGGAUGAUAACUACGAGAAUGAGUCUGUGCGGCAGCUGGAGAGUGAGCUGCAGAUGGAGGAGUACCUGAAGAAGAAGCUGCAGGACGAGGCCUACCAGGUCAGCUUGCAAGGCUGAAUACAAUAUCCUUUUCUCACUCUCCUCUCAAGCAAGCUAUAGUCAGACAGAUGAUGAAAGUAACAUGGUACCCGGUGAUGGAGAGAGCUGCACCUACAAAGAGGAGGAAGACAACAGCCCGGAAGCAGCCUCAUCCUCGCUCGGAGAGAGGAGCCACCUCACCCAGCAGCUCCAACAACCCCUUCCCCUAAAGAUGUGUUCCGAUGCCUGUAGUGCAGCUAGCUUUCUGUUCUAAAACUUGUAGUUCCUAGGUGUGUGUUUUAGAAGGGGGGGUGGGCCCGAGACUUCCGUUCCUAGAUCAUUUAUCAACUCCAUCUUCUAUAACAUGGCUCAUCCCUGGUUCCAGGCAAACAUCCACAGGCUGAGAGCCUGCUGCUGUUACACGGGACAGUAGUGUUAACGAGCAUUUUAAACCUUUGCACACGAUAUUGAACCCAUUCAGUUUACAAUGACAAUAUUAAUACUGUUUGUAGCUAGAAUUUUCAUUUCCGGAUUCUUUGAGAUUUUAGCAAAGACGGUUUUAUUAUAUACUAUACAUUUUCUCCCACAGCAAUUGUGGGGUAGGGGCAACAACCUGCAAUAGGAUUUGGUCUCUGAGUGUCCAAACUCGGAACCCAGGCACCAAGAAGGGUCCUUGGCCUGCCCGUGUCCCCAAGUCCCUCUGAGAAAUGACUUAAAACUUCCAACAGGAAAAAAUGAGCUCUUGGGGGCUUAUUUCCAACUUGGGUUGUUUUCCUUCAAAAUACUCUAAUGAAUCAGCCAUAGAAUUUAGUGUAAAUACUUUUUCCAAAUAGAUAUCAUAUUCAAAAAGAGAGAGAGAGAGAGAGAGACAACAUUCAAAAGAUAUAGAAUCUAGUUUUUAAAAUCAGCACAGAUCUUCUUAAAAACUGUGAACUAUGUUUUGGAAUACUCGUUACUAAAGCUGUUUAUAAACCACAGGUGCCAUAAGAUCCCCCAACGGACUACAGUUCCCUGCACUUCUCCAGGUCUUGCUCUCCACAUUGUAUCCUUAGGAAGCAUGUCCUACGCAGCACUGCUCAUUGGCAAGUUCCCUCAUCGGGUAGUUCCGAGGCCUUCAGCUUUAAAUGUAUGGGCUUAAAGUGCGCUUGCUCCCCUUUCCUUUCUGAAUGUUGAUUGCCUUACCUGGCCACUUGUUCUGCAUGCGUGUUGUGUGGUCCUGUGAAAGGAGACAGGCUCUUCCAUGUGGUAUUUUUGGGAUUUCACACUCAGUUGAAAGCUGGUGUGUGAAAAGACUGUCAAAGACAAGGCGAUAAAAAAAAAAAAAAAAGCCUGUGGAUGGUCCUCCUUAGCGAUUCUGGGGAAAAUGGAAAAGUGAUUGGUUGUUUCAAAUUCUGAUGUCUAAGGGGGGGAAAAAAAGACCAGGCACCUGCUGGCUGUCUUAAACUGGAAGCCUCUCCAGAAUUCCUGGGGUAUUUUUUCCCCUAUAAAAGAAAGAAAGGAACAUCUUUGCAGAACAAUGAUUCUCAGAAUGUGUCCCUCAGACUAGCGAUCUUAGGGUCUCCCAAAAGUCUUAGAAAUGCAGAUUCCUCGGCUCCAACCCAAACCCACUGAAUCCAAAACUCUGGGGUCUGGACCUAGUGAUCCAUGUUUUAAUUGGCCCUCCUGACCGUUCUGCCCCAUGCUAUAAGGUGGAAAUCAUUGUUCUAGGAUAGAGUUGGACACUGAAGAGUGAAAAACGCCUUAUCCAGGCUACGGUGUAACUCGGUUGGCCAAGUGCUUGGCUAGCAUACACAAAGCUCUGGAUGCAGGCUUCCAGAGCUGUAGAAACACGGCAUGGUGACGCAUGCCUGUGAUCCCAGCACUCAGGAGAUGGAGGCAGGACUAUCGGGAGUUCGAGGUUAUCCUCAGCUACAUAGUGAAUUUGAAGCUAGCCUGGAAUAUUUUGUCUUGGGGGGGGGUCAGAAUAAGUAAGAAACAUUCUAAGUGGACUUCAGACUUAAUUUCGCUCACCAGGCUCACAAACGCCUUCUCCCACCCACACACCUGGUGACUAAGAACCCCACUGUCUGCAGAGGGCUCUUCCACAUUCCUGCAUUGCGUCAGAUCCUGUCUCCUCGGCUGCCCUUUAAACAAAAGCAUUUGCCUUGAGGAUAGCCAAGGGCUUGAUUGGCAUCAGUAGAAGACCCUGGGUGUUCUUAGUCGAGUUUCCUUCCAGAAAACCCGCCUCACAAAAUUCCCUGAGCACAGGCUAGCACCAAAGUCGCACAACUGCACAGUUCUCUGAUUUCUUUGCACAGGUGGAUUUUAUUGCGGGUUUCGUUGGUGUGUCUUAACAUUCAUCUCUCUUCCCCUGCCCAUCAUCCUCUGUGAAAUCACACCUCUCCAGAUGGUGCAGGUGGCCAUUGGUGCCUCAUACUCAGUACUGAAAACCACUACAUCCCAGAUACCUGCAUUUGUCUCAGCUCGAAUCUGAGCCACAUAGUACUCACAUCAGAACUCAGAACCUGCGGGUGGCCCUCAGCCGCUGGCUGGACUGAACUGACCCAUGUCGUCUCUUUGCUUUUCUACAUCAAAAUGUGUGUCUAAGGUUGAAAGCAUUCUACUGCAAACCUUCCCUCUUGUCACAGCCUCCAUUGCCAAGCAGCUCCCCCGCCCCAUGGUAUUGACUCCAUCGUACAAAGCCAUUCCAGGAACUCUCUGGAAACCAGGACCAGUGAGCAGUUCCUCACUAACCAGCCACCUUUUCUUUCUCUUAGCUCCACGUCAGCACUGAGACCAGACUCAAGCACCCCUGUCCUGUAACCGAGACAAAAUG